AUGGGUGAUCGAUCUAGCCCACUUGAACUAUCUGAUGUUAAAUUAUGUCAAGAGGCUGUUGAGGCUGAUACAUCAGUAUUGAAAGUUGCUGAAAUAUCUGAAGUGAUGGAUGAAAAUGAUGAAA